UUCAUUAUUAGUAGAAUAAUGCAUCUUCUUAUUGGAUAAUUUACUUGAUCGAUAUUUUUAGAAAAAAGGUCUUUGUUUGCAUGUAGUUGAGUUAAUUUUAUAUUUAGUUGAUUACCCUAUUGAAGAUUUUGCACCUUUAUUCCUUCUCCCCUUUUAAGAUUAAUUAGUGGAAGAUAAUCUGCUUUAUUAAAUUUAUUUUAAGGUGUUUGUUCUAUUUGCACCUUUUGUAUUGCUUUCAUUGUGAAAAAGAGAAGAUUGAAAGAUCAUGGAAAAGGAUUAAUAAUGGAAUCCACACUUUCCAGUUGUUAUAUCUUAUUGUUCUGAUUAUUAUGCUUUGUUCUGAUUAUAAUGCUUAAUUAAACCUAUUUCAAGUGAUUUUCAUGAAAACUUCAGUUUUUAGGUGUUAAUCAUUUGUUAUGCAUUGUAAAUAUACUACUGAGUCUCUUGGCAAAGCUCUGCCUUCCUGUAGUAUGGUAUGAUCAGUAAUGAGUUAGUUAGAUAGAAGUAUUAUCCAAGAUAUUCAAAAUGGAAAAUCAGAAGACUUUUCGCCCGAAAAAGAAUGCUCCCUCUGGGAGUAAGGGUGCUCAACUUCAAAAACAUAUUGAUGCUACCUUAGGUAGUGGCAACCUGAGAGAAGCUGUAAAGUUACCACCUGGAGAAGAUUUUAAUGAAUGGCUGGCUGUGAACACGGUGGACUUCUUCAAUCAAGUCAACAUUCUCUACGGAACUCUAACUGAGUUUUGCACACAAACUAGCUGCCCAACAAUGACAGCAGGGCCAAAAUACGAGUAUAGAUGGGCUGAUGGAGUUGCUAUCAAGAAACCAAUAGAGGUAUCGGCUCCGAAAUAUGUCGAGUAUUUGAUGGAUUGGAUUGAAGCUCAGCUGGAUGAUGAAUCAAUAUUUCCCCAAAAAUUGGGGUCUCCUUUUCCUGCAAAUUUUCAGGAUGUUGUUAGAACUAUCUUCAAGAGGUUGUUCCGCGUCUAUGCUCACAUCUAUCACUCCCAUUUUCAGAAGAUUGUGAGCUUGAAAGAAGAAGCCCAUCUAAACACUUGCUUUAAGCAUUUCGUUCUUUUUACAUGGGAAUUUCGCUUGAUCGACAAGGGGGAGCUAGCUCCGCUGCAAGACCUUGUGGAGUCUAUUCUUCAGUGCUAGUUAACUUGUGUAAAUGUUGCUCCACAUGUAUGCUUUGAGUUACUCAUUUUUGUAAGCUGUUUGAUGGAUUGAUUUUUUUCGGUCAUAUGGGGGAUCGCCACUGUAAUUUCUCGUUAUUUAGUUAGUGAUCUUUUCCCCCUUUUGUCGUGAAUAAAUCCUCUCUUCAAAAAGAAAGAAGUUGGAGGUUAUCUAUUCAGCUUAAUCUCGUCAUUGCUACAAAUUGUUAUGCAAGUGUGCCCAUCAUUGUCAAGUUA